AUGCUAUUAUUAAUUCUGUUGUUCUCUACGCUGUCCGUACAGCAAGAUGAACUUCCUGCAGAGGAAAAUCCUGCAUAUCCUCCCCACGGCUGCGAAAAUUAUGGUCUGUGUCUGGCACCGGAAACCCUGACAGAUGAGGAAACACUGUCAUCCUAUUAUUCCUGUCCAUUGGGUGGAUGUGUGUGUAAUCCAGGAACCACAGGAGAAACUUGCGAGACGGGUGAGUGA